AGAUGAGGAUAGCAUUGGAUUCCUCUUGAAGUGUUAUCUCAAGAACAAAAAUCCCGUACAAUAAUAAUAUAGAUGAGAAUAUUUAAAGAACGAAAAAGAAAGUAGACUUCAAUCCACCAACAAGGCGUACAAAUCGGUUAUACUUAUAGAGAAAGGACUCAACUCUAGACUUGUUGUCUAACGAUCAUGCAUCAGAUGCAAUUGUCCAGGACUGCAUCUGAUGGAGCAGGCAGCAGAGAUCCAAGAAGUUGAACAAACAGUAGUUGUGAGUGAGGCAAACUCAGAGAAGGAAAAGGAAAUGGAAAUUACAGAAAGAAAAGGGAUAACCAGGCCCCCACUUAAUUUCAUAGCCAUUUUGAAAGAUUCAGAGACACCAAUCGACAAGUCUUCCCCGGAAAAGCUGUGUGAUCAGCUCUAUGCUGGAAUUUUCUUGAAACGCAACAAACUGAAGUUUUUUGUUGACAAGGGGUCAAACAAGAAUGGUUUCGUGCUUUUUGCAAGACAACUCUCUAUCCGUUUGGAUGACACCGGCAAAUAUUGGAUAUGGACCGAAGAGAAAAAUGCAAGUGGAGAAGACAUUGAAGUGGCUGAGCUGAAAAAGGCAUAUUGUUCGUGGCUAGAAAUUUCAGGGAAAAUUGAGACAAUUGAUCUCUCACCACAAACCCUGUACGAAAUUGUAUUCGUCAUAAAGAUCGAAGAUCCCAGUGUAUGGGAUUUCAUGGUGAGGCUUGUCAUCGUUACCCCAAGUAAAAAAUGGUUAUCACGCUAUGAAAAUUUAAAAGGAAAGCCUUCCAAUGAAUGGUUUGAGAUUCUGGUGGGUGAGUAUAGAACGUCACCUGGUGACGUUGGACUCGUGGAACUCCGUAUGGAGGAAUAUACUUCUAAGUUAUCCAAGCGUGGAAUUUCUGUGCAAUGUGCUAUCAUUCGACCAAAAUAGACACUUGGAUGGUACACAUUAUGAAUUAUCCACGCAUUUGGAAGUGAGAAAUGUGUGAGACUAUACGUGCGAAUGUAACUUACAAAUCUGUUUGUGUUUAAGAAUACACAAUUAGAUACACUAGUUGGAAAUCUUUGCAAUCAGGAAAAACUUUGCCCAAA